AUGGCAGCUGAUGAAUGUAAUAUUCGAGUUGUUGCGCGUUUUCGUCCAUUGAACGAUGCUGAAGAACGUGCUGGCAGUAAAAGUGUUGUUAAGUUUCCAGCUGAUCAAGAAGAAACUGUUCUUAUUAGUGGAAAAGUUUAUAUAUUUGAUAAAGUAUUUCGCCCUGAUGCAACACAAGAAAAAGUUUAUAAUGAAGCUGCUAAAGAAAUUGUAAAAGAUGUACUUACUGGUUACAAUGGUACUAUAUUUGCUUAUGGACAAACAUCAAGUGGCAAAACUCAUACAAUGGAGGGUGUGAUGAAUAGUAAUGAUCAUCAGGGUAUUAUUCCACGAAUUGUGCAAGAUAUAUUUAAUCAUAUUUAUACAUUGGAUGCUAAUUUACAAUUUCAAAUAAAAGUUUCUUAUUUUGAAAUUUAUCUUGAUAAAAUUCGUGAUCUUCUUGAUGUAUCUAAAACAAAUUUAGCUGUACAUGAAGAUAAAAAUCGUGUUCCUUAUGUUAAAGGUGUUACAGAAAGAUUUGUUUCAUCACCUGAUGAAGUUUUUGAAAUUAUGGAAGAAGGAAAAAGCAAUCGACAUAUAGCUGUAACAAAUAUGAAUGAACAUAGUUCACGUUCACAUUCAGUUUUUCUUAUUCAUGUUAAACAAGAAAAUGUUGAAAAUGAAAAAAAAUUAACAGGAAAACUUUAUCUUGUUGAUUUAGCUGGUAGCGAAAAAGUUUCAAAAACUGGUGCCGAAGGUCAAGUACUGGAUGAAGCAAAAAAUAUCAAUAAAUCAUUAUCAGCACUUGGCAAUGUUAUUUCAGCAUUAGCUGAUGGAACAAAAUCUCAUGUACCUUAUCGUGAUUCAAAAUUAACACGUAUAUUACAAGAGUCUCUUGGAGGAAAUGCUCGUACAACAAUAAUUAUAUGUUGUUCACCAGCUAGUUAUAAUGAAUCCGAAACAAAAUCAACAUUAGAAUUUGGCAAAAGAGCGAAAUGUAUUAAGAAUUCAGUUACUGUUAAUGAAGAAUUAACAGCUGAAGAAUGGAAACGACGUUGGGAAAAAGAACGUGAAAAAGUAGCAAGAUUAAAAGGUCAAUUAAGUCGAGCCGAAAUGGAACUUGAACGAUGGCGAUGCGGUGAAACAGUUACAAAAGAUGAACAAAUUAAUUUACAAGAAGCUGAUGAAACACUUUCAACAACUCAAUCAAUGAUGUCACUUUCAACUGCUACUUCAUCAGUACUUAGUCCAGUAUCAUCAGUCACUACUACAUUGGCUGUUGGUAAUCCAUUAGGUGGUCUUGAUACUCGUUCAAUCAAUGUUGAUGAGUGGGAGAAAGAACGAAGUGCACUUUACCAACAACUUGAUGAAAAAGAUGAUGAAAUAAAUAAUUUGGCUCAAACUAUUGAACGAUUUAAAUUACAAACAAAUGAACAAGAUGAAUUAUUUAAUCAAGCUCGAAAAGAUAAUGAAAAUCUUCAAGCUGAAUUAAAUCGUUUACAACAAGAAAGUGAAUCAGCUAAAGAAGAAGUUAAAGAAGUAUUACAAGCACUUGAAGAACUUGCUGUUAAUUAUGAUCAAAAAACUCAAGAAGUUGAAACAAAAAGUAAAGAAAAUGAGACACUUGCACAAGAACUUGAUGUCAAAUUGUCUUCGUUAAAUGGUAUUCGUGAAGAAUUAGAAAGUCUUCGUGAAGCAUCACAACAACAUCGUAAACGUUUUUUUGAUAUGAUUCUUGUACUUUUACGUGAUGUUGGUGAUAUUGGUACGAUUGUGGGUGGACAAAUGAAUGAACAAAAGAAACCAACUAUUGAAAAUCUUGAUCAAGCUGAUGAAGAAUUUACAUUGGCACGUCUUUAUUUAAAUAAAUUAAAAACAGAAGCACGAAGUAUUAGUGCACGUUUAAGUGAACUUGAAUUAGAAAAAGUUGAUCAUCAAAAAGGAAUUGGAUUAAAAGAUAAAGAACUUGAUGAAUCUCAUCUUUUAAUUCAACAACACGAAGCUAAAAUGCGUUCAAUGCUUGAAUCAAUAAAAGAAUUAGAAGAGAAAAAACGUAUACUUGAGCAGACACAAGAUUUAUUAAAUGAAGAAUUAGUUAAACUUCGUGCACAAGGUCGAGUAGUUGGUUCAUCAUCUGAUAUUCAAAAAGAAUUAAGUCAACAAAUGGAACAAAUAAGUGAAGAACAUCAAAAACAAUUAACAACGUUACGUGAUGAAAUACGUACAAAAGAAACACAAAUGGAAGCAUUAAAAGAUUCAUUACAAAAAUUACAAUUAUCAUAUGAAAAAUUAUCUGGUGAUUAUGAAAAAUUGAAAAAAGAAGAAACAGAUAAAUCAAGUCGAUUACAAGAAAUGACUUUACAACAAGAACGUCGUGAACAAGCUAAACAAGAUUUAAAGGGUCUUGAAGAAACUGUUGCUAAAGAAUUACAAACAUUACAUAAUUUACGAAAAUUAUUUGUUCAAGAUUUACAAGCACGUCUUAAAAAGUCACAAAAACAACCUGAAACAGAAGAAGAUGAUCUUGGUGGUAGUGUAGCACAAAAACAAAAAAUCUCAUUUUUAGAAAAUAAUCUCGAUCAAUUAACAAAAGUUCAUAAACAACUUGUACGUGAAAAUGCUGAUCUUCGAUGUGAAUUACCAAAAUUAGAAAAACGUCUUAAAGCUACAAUGGAUCGUGUUAAAUCAUUAGAACAAGCAUUAAAAGAAGCAAAAGAAAGUGCUAUGAAAGAUCGUAAACGAUACCAAUGUGAAGUUGAUCGAAUUAAAGAAGCUGUAAGACAACGAAAUCUGGCUCGACGUACAAAUGCAGCUCAAAUAGUAAAACCUAUUCGAGCUGGUGUAAAUCCAUCAACUAAUACUUCAACACCUAUUCCAACAAUUCGUGGUAGUGGUGGUCAAUUAAUGGAUCAGUAA